CUCUGACCGACCAUACCGCGCCACCGCGACCCUCUCAAUCCUUGAACUCAUGAACGGCGGAGGAAGCUCUCAGCCCUGAUGACAAGUGAAGAAUCAACGGAUAGUGGCAAUUGUGCAGAAUACAUGAAAAAUUUGCUAUGGAACUCGUGCGGACUCUCGGAGGCAGAAUACGUGUGUUCUAGAGUUGACUUGUCGAACACAGACAGUCUACAUUGCGAAGUAUGGUUGAGAGCCGGAUUCGAGUACGUCUCGGCCGGAAUGACCACCAUCGUGCGGGGUUCGUCGAGAUUGUGCGCCCGAUUGUAUGCGUCGCUGCCCUGCAGCUCCACGUCGAGCGUUCUGUUGCGUAUCAUGCUCUGUUGCCAACAUAAGAGAAAGUCACUAAGACGUCGAAGCAUGCAGACCAUGCGCUUCAGAUGUGCUGCCGAUGUGCCCACCCUUUCGGUCUUCUGCGAUGAAGAGGGCGCUAAUGUAGUAACGCGACCGAGGUCAUUGCCUACAAGAAACGUCUCGAGACGUCGGCCUUGUCCCAAAGCGAGGCCUGACGUCGGCCCCAGCAUCAGAGCCCUUCCGACUGCCUGCAUCGCUGUCGAAGGCAGGCGGACUCUGACGGCCUCGCGGAUCGACCGCGUGUUCACAAAACGAACGACCAAAAGGGGAAAUCAUCGGCGAGGACAAUGGGUUCGCGAUGCCGCGCAACGUGGCCAACAGUGGCUUCGCAUCGGGCGCCGCGACCGCGCACCCGACUUUGGUGUGCCGACGAGCGCCCUCCGGACGCUUUGGCGGGCUAUGCUAGUGACAGCCACCAGGCACAUUAAGUGACUGCAGCGGCAGGCUCAGGCUACUACACGUGCAAUAUGGGGACAGCGGACGAAGGCCAGCUGGAAAACCUAACAGGUCUGCUGUAUCUGGGGUACCAACCGGUAUACCGCCGGGGUCCGUGUUCAACCCGCCAUUUCGAUCGUUCUGCUAGCAGGUCAUGGUCAUGCCUUCAGGAUCC